AUCAUCUUAGUUAGUUAGUCAGAAAACAGUAAAAUGUUGAAGAUAUUCGGUGCACUCCUGAUCUUUUUUGUUAGUUUUGAGCCCAUCUGGGGGCAUAUUUACGCUACAGAACUAAAACCAGGAAAUCCCUAUAAUGUUCCCAUUGACUUCAAACCGUUUGUUCAGAUUCGGGAUGGUUUCUAUUUCUUUGGAACGGAGCAAGUGAACUGGUAUGUGGCCCAUGAAAAAUGCCGGAAAAUGGAAGCCGAUCUGGUGACCUUUGAGACUCCUGAGGAAUUUGAUGCGAUUUCCGCCCAUUUAAAAUCGAAAGGAGUAAAAUCCGAGCACUGGACAUCGGGCAAUGAUUUGGGGAAAACGGGAACCCACAAUUGGUUUUCGAAUUCCCAGCCUAUCAAUAUCCAGCGAUGGGCUCCCAAACAACCGGAUAAUGCUGGAGGAAAAGAGCAUUGUAUACAUUUGGGAUACGUAUAUAAGACUUCUACGCUUUUCCAACUGAACGAUCGUCCUUGUAGUGAUGAUAAAAACAGCUUAUUUAAUUAUAUUUGUGAGGCUGCAAAGCCAGAAACUAUAACCAUUGUCUUCAAAAAGUAGAAAAUUCAACCUAAUAUUGAACAGACUUCUAUUGAACAGAAACAGAAUAAAAUUAUUAUUCUGAACAUAAAUUUAACUGCUAUAUAUUUUAUUUUCAAACAAAUUCAUUUAAAAAAUCAAUUUUCAAAUCAGUUUCAUGUUAAAUAGUAUGACCGUUUUGGUGCUGAAUGUAUAAAGCAAAGACACGAACCAUGGGACAUUCGAUAAAAUUGAAUAAAAUGAGGAAUACUUGAA